CCACGGUUACACGGCUCUCAGGAAGUGACGACGUAAACUACUUGCUUAGUGAGUCCGAAAAGAAACCAACAUCUUUAUCCAAUAUGUCUAAUUCACAGGUCAUCAGCUUCUUUGAUCUCCGUCUCUCUCCGUUGAUUGAGGGAAGAGCCGCACCACACACAUGUCUAUUAUCUAGCCAAAAUAUUAGCUAAUUGUUGUAACAACUCGAGGUUACAAGAGAUGUAUACUAGCGGAGACACAUUACGAAACAAAGUCAUGAUGAACAAUGAGCUAGCUUAGUUAUGCUAAUCUUAGCUACCCGACACCGAAGCUAGCAGUGUGAGGGAGUCACUAGUUAGCAUCAAUCCCCCAAUAGUGGCGCUAGCUAUCAAACUAACGUUUAGCUUGACAACUGCUUUGCUACGUAAUUUAAAUACACAUUCAGGAGACACUGAACGACGUGGGCAUACAAAUCAGUCCUCUUUCUCACCACAUGAACAAUGUCUGGUACUCCUGCUUCACCAUGGUCAUCCCCAGGGAUGGAUGUGUCCUGCUUGCUAAAUCAUUUUUAUAUUCAGGGCACAUCUCAAGUAACUCUGGACGUCCAUGUUCAUCCACGUGGAUUCAUAUUUACAACAGCACGCAAAGGCAGCACCAGAUCGAGUUAUUCCCGUCCUACAAUUAAACACGGACACAGUCUUCAUUGGUGCUCCAGAGUCCUGCAGAGCAGUGGAGCUGUUUGGUGCCAAUCAGAGAGAGAGAGAGAGGAAGAGGAGGAGAGGAAGAGGGGGAGAGACGCAUGGGAUGCUGAUGACUGAUCCUCACUGAGAGGAUGCUAUCGAUCAGGCUUGCAGAUGCUCUCCACUUCAGUUUGAUAAACAUGCUGAUGUGCACAAUUACACCUUUUUCUGUUCCUCAUUGGCUAAUUGGAUAAGGUAAUGUGAGCAGCACUGCACACUGCAUGGGAAAGCCGAGUCAUCAAUGCAGAACCCCUCAGCGCUGUUCGGGAUGGUCAGCCACUGUCAGACCCCAGCUUUCACAGACUUCUCCGGCUUGUCGCUCUCCGUGUACGGCAGCAAGGCGGACAUCUGCACGCGGCGAGCCGGCAGCAGCGGUGGUGGUUUCGGAUCGCAGUUUUGCCGGAGCUCCCAUGACGCACCGACUCACAUGAACUGCACCGCCAGCCCGAAGAGAUUCUGCGCGUCCGAGGAAAAAGCGCAUCUGGCAGCCAAAGCAACGCGAUCGUGUCUCUCUCUCCCACCCGUGCAAGUGAAUGGUGCUUACUGCUCAGAGAAGGAUUUAGACACUGAGCUGGGUGACGCUGAGGGCACCCUGAUGCGAUGUGGGCAGAGCUUGCCGCUGCUGGUGGGGGGUCAUUUAGGGGGGCUUUACACCCAGAGCCUCCACUGCGACAGACCUGCAUCCGACCUCACUCUGCAGGACGGCCCUCAUCAAGACACCAGAUCCUCCUCUGCCUUCCAGAGGACCCUGACGGGGGCCUCACCCGGCCUAGGCUGCGGCAGUGCCAACGGGGCUCGCUCGUCUCUCCCUUACCCGAUCAAACAAGAGAACUCAAUGGGCUACAAGAUCUCCAACACAGCGUCCGGGGUCCAUAGUACGUCUCUGGCCGGGUUUCAGAACUGUAGGGCAGGCCAAGUCUUGGGGAUGACAAGGGACGAGAUAGUUGGAGCGCCGCAUGUUAGCAACAACGGUAGUGGCGUAUGCACAAUGAGCGGUGUAGGUAUUGCUGUGUCAGGGAACGCAGUGCAACCGUUUAAUAAUGAAGAUGGCUCCUCCCCGCUGGCUUUGUCCCCAACUGGCUCCCGUCAUUCAGCGCGGCUGCUCAGUGCUAGCAGUCUGAGGAGACGCUGUCUGUCCCUGGCCUCACAGUCCAACGCCGCUGCCGGCAGCGUUGCUUCCACAGGUUCCCCAUCGGCUACUGGCGCUGCUUCCGAGGAAAUCAAUAUUACCGCCAUCAUCUGCUCCUCCUCCCAGAUGUCGAUGGUUGCCUGCGUCAACGGUUUCCGCAAUAAUCUCUCGCCCAGCCACGCCAGCAGUGCCGGCUUCUCCUCCUCUUCCUCCUCCUCCUCUACAUCCCCACCCUCCAACUCCUACUCACGGGAAGCCCCCCAGAGGCCCCCACCUCACGGCAGCCCCCAGCAGGCCACGCUACAGGAGAGCUGUCAGCUUUCAUCACCUGCCACCUGCCUGCUGUCCCUUUCCUCCUCCUCUUCCUCAUCGUCCUCCUCUUCAGUGUCAUCGGUGGAGCAGGAGCAGGGCCAAGGGCAGAGCCAGGGGCUGUGUGAGGAGCGGGGCUCCAUGCUGCAGGGGCGUGGGGCUGGAGGAACAGCCGGGGGAGGUGUGGGAGGAGGAGGAGGAGGCUCGGACGGGUUGGGGCUACUGAUGAGUGGGGCCCUGAUGUCUGGGAUGCUGCAUUCGGGGCCUGAAGCUGGGGCUCUCCUUGACGGGGGCCAAAGAUCAGGGGCUACCCUCAAACAGGAGCCCCUGGAUGAGUUUUCUCCUAGCGAAGACGAACUCUUUCAGCACCACUAUCAUCACCAUCACUUGAGUGGUCGUAGCGGGCACCUUCGUCAGCCUCACCACCCCUCUCGUCCUGCUAUGCCUCCGCCCUACCACCUGCACCAAUACGCGGGUCCCAGUCCUGGGGGCCUGCUGCACCACCAGAGCCAGCAAACAGCACCAACCUCCUCCCUGGGACUCAAACCGACCUCUGUAGGCCCUCCUGGGUCGCACACAGCCCCAGAGCGGGAAGAAGUCGGAGGAGGAGCACUGGUCGAUAAGCAGGUGUGUCGCUGGAUUGACUGCAGUGCUGCGUACGAGCAGCAGGAGGAGCUUGUGAGGCACAUUGAGAAGGUCCACAUCGACCAACGCAAAGGAGAGGACUUCACGUGCUUCUGGGCCGGCUGCAUUCGCCGCUACAAGCCCUUCAACGCCCGCUACAAGCUGCUCAUUCACAUGAGGGUCCACUCCGGAGAGAAACCGAACAAGUGUAUGUUCGAGGGCUGUAACAAAGCGUUUUCACGUCUGGAAAACCUGAAGAUCCACCUGAGGAGCCACACAGGAGAGAAGCCGUACCUGUGCCAGCACCCUGGCUGCCAGAAAGCUUUCAGCAACUCCAGCGACCGCGCCAAGCAUCAGCGCACUCACCUGGACACGAAACCAUACGCAUGUCAGAUCCCCGGCUGUACCAAGCGCUACACAGAUCCCAGCUCCCUACGCAAACAUGUCAAGAUCCACUCGGCCAAAGAGCAACAGGUGCGUAGAAAGCUUCGGCCCUGUCCUCAUCUGGAGCAGGACGUCCUGAGUGACUGUCUGUCCAUGCAGCACCUCCAGAGCUCCACCUCCUCGCAGCACCUCUACAACGGCAAAGAUGGUCGUUCUCCUGGACUGGGCCAAGACAUCUUCACAGGCCUGUACGCUGGCUCCAGCACCCCCCAUCACAGCGCCUCAGUGGAGCUCCUCUCUCCCAACCCCAACCCCACCUCCGUCUCCACCACUGACCUGCCCUCCCGACAACACCGACUGGACCGGGACCUCGGCAGCCCUCAUCACCUGUCCCCGCUGGCCGCCAUGGACGGCACAAGAGACGGGGUGUCAGGUCCCCUCAUGUCUCCAGGGAUGAAAGGGACAGGGACGCCUCCUCCUCCUCUGGAGAAACAGCAUGUCCACCCUCACCACAAGCCCUACUCUCACUAUCACCACCAUCAGUCUGCCAACGACGAAUUCCAAGGCAGCUUUCAGAGCUGCUUUCAUUUCGGAGACUCCUACAGGAUGGAGCAGACGGUCGGUGGUGUCCACGUCCCAGGAGAUUCUCACGCCUACACUUCCCAUCAGCACAAUGGCUUCCACAUGUCAACUAGCAACAAUGGCACUGCAGGCUUCAACCUGACCCAGGAGCUUCAAGGCGGGGUAGGGUGCCAGUUCUCCUCCAGCCCAGAGGAGAGCAUUUUCUUCCAGGUGGGCAACUUUGACCGCAGCCUGAGCCACAUGUCCUCCGUCUACACGGAGACAUAGAGCAACACUGGAGCAGGGCACGCUUCACCACACCUACUCUACAGUCCUUCAUGUUCUCACACUCGGAUCCCCUCUUCUCCCCGUUUACUUUAUUUACAAUUUAUAUCUUAUUCUGACCUACUUAGCUGCCAGAUGGAUGUGAAACCAGCAAGAUGAAACAGACAUGUACUGCAGUGUGACUUACCUGACACUCUAUGAAUGGUCAAGAUGCACUUGUUGCACAUCUCUUCCCGUUGCAACUAGUUUAACCAAAAAGUAAUUCCCUUGUCGUACAUUCAUCAUAAGGAAAUAGACAAAGACCUGUUUCUUGCUCUUUCAAUUUUUUACUCACUUUAAAUGAAGGAAUGCCACGAAGACACAAAUCAAAGACAUUACAUCAUUGAAGGGAUCCACAUUUGUUAGACUCAAACACAUUUUUUGGUCAAGAACUCAUCAUGUACACAUGCAGGUUUUUCAGCAUUAAUAGAAAACUUUAAACACUACAAACUCCUGAAUAGAAAUGAAAUGUUGUCUCCCUCCUCUCCAUGUUUUUUUCUCCCUCUAAUCUACAACUUUCAAUCUAUUUUAGACUGAAGUGUAGAAAAGAAUAUAUCAUUUUGCCGUGUUUUAGCAGUGGAAAAAGUGUUUGCAUUUCUGUAUUUUGUUUGAGUGUUUUCUUUGGGAAGGGGGGGGGGGCUUUUUGGAUUUCUCUGCAGAAAAACCUACUUUAUUAUUAUAUGUAUAAAAUGUACAGUUUGUUUA